AUGGGCACGUUUCAAUUUAAUUAUCAGUAUCUGAUUCUCCUCUGCACCGUCGUAUCAAUUCUUCAAGGCUCUGCAAUCGUGGCGAAAAAAGGCGGCGGAACGUAUCGCAUUAUCAACGGGACGCGGUCGUCCAUCAAGGAGUUUCCGUUUCUGGUGUCGGUCCAGAAGUUUGAGUCCAUUCUUCCGUCCCACAUAUGUGGAGGAGCAUUUAUUAGCUCGGACUGGAUCCUGACGGCGGCUCACUGCCUAAAAAACCGAUUACCAAUGAACGUAUUGAUCCGUGCUGAGUCAUCGUAUCACGACCAAGGAGGGACGCUUCUGCCGGUUAGUCAACUUAUUAUGCACCAGGAAUUCAGAACCGAGGUGGAUGAUUAUGAUUACGGGUUAAUUAAAUUAUCUAAGACUUUCCGCCGUGCGGUUCCGGCAAACCUAAAAAAAGGCCCGCGACGGUUCCGAUCGGGCGAACUCUGCACGGUCAUGGGUUGGGGCCGAACUGCAAGUACAAGUCUCAGCAAACAAAUUCAGAAAGCUACAGUUCCAAUCGUAUCCAACAAGAUCUGCCAGGACACUUUCCUCGAAACAGGGGACGAGUUCACUAGCCGGAUGUUGUGCGCCGGUUACCAGAAAGGAGGAACGGAUGCGUGUGAGGGAGACUCCGGGGGACCACUCGUUUGCCGCCGGAUGUUGACCGGAAUUAGUUCCUGGGGAUUGGGAUGUGCCGAAGCCGAUUACUAUGGAGUGUAUAGUGAUGUAACGCCGAUACGUGCCUGGAUACGGAACCACACGGGAGUUUGA